ACAUUGCUCUCCUGUUAAUAUUUACUCACUAAAUCAAGGACCCCACUAGAGCAAACAAACUUGUCCUCACGCUCUCUUUUUAUCAAAAAAAACCUAUAAAAAGAACAGCCCAGGUCAGAAAAGGGGUGCAGUCCAGACAGAAGCGACUUCACUUAGGCAAAAUGAAGCUUCUAGUGCUGACUGUUGUUGGGACAUUACUGGGCGCUGCCUGGUCCCUUCCCGUGGUGCCUGAUAGUGCCCCACUGCAAGCAGCCUCAUGUAAUGACUCACAAGUAACCAUUGCUGCAGAUCUAGCUGUGCGGGAAAUUAACAAGAGGCAGGAUGAAGGCAACGUCUUAGUCGUGUAUCGCAUUAAUGAUGCUCACAUACAGAACAAAGGAAUGGGCAACACAUUCUACCUUGAUAUUUAUGUUGUGGAUACCGACUGUCCUGUGGUUAGUAGAAAAGAUGGUAAACAAUGCAAAACCAAGCCAAUUCAUGAAACACUUUAUGGAGACUGCCACGCAGUGAUACACAUUAACAGAGUAUCCCGUGAAAUCCUCUUGUACAGCUAUAACUGCACUCUCAUACCACCUUCAAGCAAAACUGUCUUGUCGAUGUGUCCAGACUGCCCCCUGCGAGUCUCUAAAGGAGGUGACAGAGUGAUGGGUCACGCAAAACAAACACUUCUUAAAUAUAACAAAGAAAGCAACCACACCAAAGUAUUUAAUGUGAAAGAAAUUUUAGGUGGCAGCACUCAGCUUCUUGGCUCUAAUUUUUAUGUUAAGUACACAGUCUAUGAAACGGGAUGCACUAAAGAAAACCUGUCUGAAGAUUUUAUAUGCAAAAUUGAAAAUCCUGUCAAACGAUUUGGACUCUGCGAAGGUUCAGAAAUGAUAAUUGCUGCAGGGCCGACUCUUUCAGUGGAUUGUGAAAUCUAUGCGACAGAGGAAAUGCCUAAUAUCUGUCACAUGCAUGGUCAUGGACAUGGCAGCAGCCAUGAGCAUGGACAUGACCACCAUCAUCAUGGACCUGGGCAUGACCACCACCAUCAUGGACCUGGGCAUGACCAAUCCCCUCAUGGACCUAGGGAAGGAAAAGAAAGAGAACAGCAAGGAGGGCAUGGUCAUGAUCAUCAGGAUAAGCACAAUCAUGGACACAGUCAUGAAAGCGGACACAAGGAUAAGAACGAUCAUGGUCAUGGACAUGGACAUGACAAAAAAGAUAAACACCAUAAACAUGAUCACCAACAUGGGCAUGAUAAACAUAACCAUACACAUUCUCACGGAUCUGGUAAACAUGAAAGUCAUGAACACAGCCAUGAGCAUGGCCAUCACAAUCACACUGAUGACCAUGCAUGUCGCAGACCAUCUAUAGGCUCUGUGCUCAUUCUUCCCCAGACAUCUGAUCCCAUUGAUUUGCCAGAACCUAUUGUAAACCUUCCAGAAUUUGCCAAAAAAGCUGACAUCCUUCCAUUUCCUGACCAAAGAACAAGUUCUAGCCUGUGUCCUGGUGAGUCAAAACUGCCAAUAAGAUGGAUUUCAGAAUUCAAUCCAAUACCUAAAUAAUACUAAAUAUUGCAUGUCCUGAUUACUGUUGUUUCCAAAUUUCUGUAUGUUUGGGCAUGUGAAAGUUCAAGAGCAAGAAUUAGUGAGGCCAUCUGUAACAGUGAAAAUUGUCAUUUAAACAUCAAAAAUAAUAAAAGUGCCUUCUGGGAUAUGCAUCAACCAUC